AUGCUUACUAGGCCUUACACUGCACAGGAGGUGAAAUUAGCCUUGUUCUCUAUUCCAGGAGACAAAAGUCCUGGUCCUGAUGGGUAUGGGACACAUUUCUUCAGGGAUACCUGGGAUGUGCUAGGGGAGGAGAUCACUCAAGCUGUUUUAGAAGUGCUACACACUGGUAAGCUACUUACUAAGCUGAAUGCAACAAUACUAACUCUUGUUUCUAAAGUUAGAUGUCCUAGCUCUGCUCUUAAAUUUCCAGAAAAGUUUGUGAGUCUAGUCAUGCACUGUGUGAGAACUCCUAAAUUUACUUUAAUGGUAAAUGGUUCCUUACAUGGGUAUUUUAGUUCUCAAAGAGGUUUGAGACAGGGAGACCCCAUCUCUCCUCUCCUCUUUGUCAUUUGCAUGGAGUAUCUGUCAAGGCUUAUGAAAACUAUAGAAUAUCAUCCUCACUUCAAGUUUCAUCCAAGGUGUAAGAAGAGCAAACUGAAUCACAUGGUUUUUGCUGAUGACAUCAUAUUGUGCUGUGAAGGGAGCUUUCCCUCAGUAUACACAAUGCUGAAGGCUUUCAAACUCUUUUCAGCUACCUCUGGGUUGCAAAUUAUUGAGCAAAAGUCUGAUUUUGACACAGCAGGGGUUAGUCAGGAGGUAAUUCAGAGAAUCAAAGCUGUUACAAAGUUUGCUCAUAGCAAACUUCAUUUCAAGUAUCUAGGAGUUCCUGUGUGUGCUAGGAAAAUCAGGGUGGCUGAGUGUCAUGGGAUUAUUGAGAAGAUGUUUGCAAGGAUAAAAGUCUGGAGUAGCAGGAACUUGUCUUAUAUGGCAAGAGUUACAUUGGUGAACUCAGUCUUAAUUAGCAUCCAUCAAUAUUGGGCUCAGAUGUUUAUUAUGCCAAAAACUGUAUUGAAGGAGAUUGAGAAAAUUUGCAGAGCAUUCCUUUGGACUGGAGAGUGGAGUAGUAAUAAACCAGGUAAUGUAGCUUGGGAGCAUGUAUGUUUACCUAAGCAAGCAGGGGGUGUGGGUUUUGGACAAAUCCAAUACUGGAAUGUGGCAGCACUAGCCAAGUAUGUUUGGGCUAUAUCUACAAAACAAGACAACUUGUGGGUGAAAUGGGUGCAUGAGGUUUAUGUUAAAGAUUCUAGAUGGUGGGAUUAUGAGCCUCCCACAGAUAGCUGCUGGUAUUAG